AGGGGAGGGGAGGGGAGGGGAGGGGGGAGACGAGGAAGGAAGGAGGAAGCGGAUGGGGCGGGCGUUCGUUCACGUGAUCCUGGGCGGCGGCGUGGCCGCGGGAUACGCGGCGCUCGAGUUCGCCCGCCGCGGCGGCUACUCCCGCGGCGAGCUCUGCAUCAUCUCUGAGGAGACGGUUGCUCCUUAUGAACGGCCAGCACUAAGCAAAGGCUAUUUACUCCCAGAAGGUGCCGCUCGUCUUCCAGGGUUUCAUACUUGCGUCGGUGCCAAUGAUGAGUUACUGACAACAAAAUGGUACAAAGAAAAUGGUAUUGAACUUGUUCUUGGAACAAAAGUGAUAGCCGCUGAUGUAAGGCGGAAGACAUUGCUGACAGCCACUGGAGAAACUAUCAGCUAUAAGAAUCUUAUCAUUGCAACUGGUGCUCGGGCUUUGAUGCUGGAAGAGUUUGGAAUUAGUGGGUCUGAUGCUUCGAACAUAUGUUAUUUACGUAGUCUUGAUGAUGCGGAUAAGUUAGAGAAUGUGAUGAAAACAUGUCCUGGUGGAAAUGCUGUCGUCAUUGGUGGUGGCUAUAUAGGAAUGGAAUGCGCAGCAGCAUUGGUUACUAAUAGGAUAAAAGUAACCAUGGUCUUCCCUGAAAAUCACUGCAUGGCCCGUCUAUUUACACCAAAAAUUGCAGAAUAUUAUGAGAAUUAUUACACUUCAAAAGGUGUUACCUUUGUGAAAGGAACUGUGCUUACAUCCUUUGAAAAAGAUUCGACAGGGAAGGUGACUUCAGUAAUCCUGAAAGAUGGUAAACACCUUCCUGCCGAUAUGGUUGUGGUUGGUAUUGGCAUCCGUGCAAGCACCAGUCUUUUUGAAGGUCAACUGUUAAUAGAGCAAGGUGGGAUAAAGGUAAAUGGACAAAUGUUAACAAGUGAUGGUUCUGUAUAUGCUGUUGGCGAUGUUGCUGCGUUCCCUAUCAAGCUUUUCGAUGGUGCUAUAAGACGGCUUGAGCAUGUUGACUCAGCUCGCAGAACAGCGAGGCAUGCUGUUACAGCCAUCCUGGAGCCUUCAAAAACUAGGGACAUCGAUUACCUACCAUUCUUCUACUCCAGAGUCUUCACAUUAUCCUGGCAAUUCUAUGGGAAUAAUAUCGGGGAGGUGGUUCACUUUGGGGACUUCACAGGCAGCAGCCCAAGCUUUGGUGCAUAUUGGGUUGAUAAAAGCCGGAUUAGGGGCGCAUUUCUUGAAGGUGGAAGUCGAGAUGAAUACGACGCAAUAUCGAGUGUUGUUCGGCGUAAAGUUAAGGUUACAAACAUUGCUGAACUUGAAAAACAAGGUCUGAUGUUUGCCAUUCAGGAAAGCCAGAAGGACUUACCUGACGGGGGUCUUGCUCUCUGUGAAAAGCCUAGCUACAUAUGGCAUGCAACGGCUGGUGUCAUUGCAGCUGCGUCUAUCGCUGCAUUUGGUUAUUGGUACGGCAGGAAGCGCCGUCGGUGUUACUCGGAGGGAGUCCUGUAUAACCUGAAUCAGAGCAAAUCCUGUACAACCUGUAUGAAACCGAUGGCCCGCGCGUUCGAGCACGUGAUCCUGGGCGGCGGCGUGGCCGCGGGCUACGCGGCCCUCGAGUUCGUCCGCCGCAACGGCGACUCCAGCCAGGAGCUCUGCAUCAUCUCCGACGAGCACUUUGCUCCUUAUGAACGUCCUGCAUUAAGCAAAGGCUAUUUACUCCCACAAGGCGCGCCACGUCUGCCGGCAUUUCAUACUUGCGUUGGUUCUAGCGACGAGUUACUUACUGAAGAAUGGUACAACGAGCACGGUAUUGUACUUAUUCUUGGAACAAGGGUGGUUUCUGCUGAUGUGCCGCGGAAGACGUUGCUUACAUCCAGUGGAGAAACCAUCAGCUACAAAACUCUUAUCGUUGCCACGGGUGCUAGGGCCGUGAAGCUGGAAGAAUUUCGAGUGAGAGGUUCAGAUGCGAGGAACGUCUGUUAUCUGCGCAACGUGGAUGAUGCAGAUAAAUUAGUCGGUGUAAUGGGAUCAUGUCCAGGUGGAAAUGCUGUCGUCGUCGGUGGUGGAUACAUAGGAAUGGAAUGUGCAGCAGCUUUGGUUAACAACAACAUAAAAGUCACCAUGGUCUUCCCUGGAAAACAUUGCAUGGAUCGUUUUUUUACACCCAAAAUUGCUGAGUUUUAUGAGAGCUAUUACACUUCAAAAGGUGUUGCUUUCGUCAAAGAAGCUGCAGUUACAUCCAUGCAGAUAUCGGCUGGGAAGGUGACCGGAGUGCUACUAGGAGAUGGUAGGCGGCUUCCUGCUGAUAUGGUCGUCGUCGGCGUCGGCGCCCGCGCGAACACCGGACUGUUCGACGGCCAGCUGGCCAUGGAGAAGGGGGGGAUCAAGGUGAACGGACGGAUGCAGGCGAGCGAUCCUUCUGUUUACGCCGUCGGCGAUGUGGCCGCGUUCCCCGUCAAGCUCUUCGGCGGCGACGUCAUCCGGCUGGAGCACGUCGACUGCGCGCGCCGGACCGCGCGGCACGCCGUGGCGGCGAUCCUGGACCCCUCCGGAUCGGCGGUGGGGGACAUCGACUACCUGCCCUUCUUCUACUCCAGGGUCUUCUCCCUGUCGUGGCAGUUCUACGGCGACAACGUCGGGGAAGCCGUCCACUUCGGCGACCUCGCGCCCGGCGACGGCAGCGCCGCCCCCAAGUUCGGCGCGUACUGGGUCCGUGAGGGCCGCAUCGCCGGCGCGUUCCUGGAGGGCGGGAGCCCGCAGGAGAACGAGGCGGUGGCGGCCGUCGUCCGCCGCGGGGCCACCGUCGCGGACGUCGCCGAGCUCGAGAGGCGAGGCCUCGCGUUCGCCACCCAGGCCACCGGCGGCGGCAAGCCCAGCUGCGCGUGGCACGCCACGGUGGGCGUCGCCGCGGCCGUGUCGAUCGCCGCGCUCGCCUGCUGGUACGGCUGGCAGGCGCCGUACGUGCUGAAGCGAGACUUCUGAAACCUGGACCCCAGGAAAACCGAUCAUCACUAAUUCACUACCCAUGUAAUCUGCCGUGAAAUGUUCAAACUUGUCCAAAUCAAUCCACGUAUUGGUUGUACUGUUGUCCGUCGCAAAAGAUGAGGUCAAUGACGCAGAUUAU